AUGGGGGCGCCUCUGAAGCUGACGUGGGGCUCGCUCGGCUCGCUCUUCGCCACCGCCGUGCUGGUGCGCACGGCGGUGCGCGACUUCCUCCCGCCGGAGGCGCACGGCCUGCUGCGCGCGCUGCUGGCACGCGCCACCGCCGCCUUCGUGCCGCCGUGCGACGCCAUCAUCAUCCAUGAGACCGACGCCAACGGCGUGCCAAACGAGCUGUACGACGCGGCGCAGCUCUACCUCGGCGCGCGCUGCCUCGCCGUGGCGCCCGCGAUGCACCUGCACAAGACGCACGGCGCGCCGGCCGCCGUGGCCUCGCUGCCGGACUCCCACGCCACCGGGGACACCUUCCGUGGCGUCCGGGUGCUGUGGACGUCGCAGCUCAACGGGACCGGGAGCUCGUCGUACGGUGGAAGCUUCUCCGGCGCCGCCCCCCGCGGGUUCGUGCAUCACCCGAUCCCGAUCGGCGGAGCUCGCCAGCGGUGCCUUCGGCUCGAGUUCCGGCGCCGCGACCGCGACGUCGUGCGCGACGCGUACAUCCCGUUCGUUCUCGAGGAGGCGGCGGCGCUGCGCGCGAAGAUGCGGGAGAGGAAGCUCUACACCAACAACUCGGGCUUCUGCGGCGGCGUCGGCGGCGGCAUGGACGACCACCAGAUACUGUGGAAGGCGCACGCGUUCUCGCACCCGUCCACGUUCGACACGCUCGCCAUCGACCCGGAGCUGCGCGACGCCAUCCGUGCGGACCUGCUCCGGUUCGUGCGCCGGCGAGAGCACUACACGCGCGCCGGCCGCGCGUGGAAGCGCGGCUACCUUCUCCACGGCCCGCCCGGCACCGGCAAGACUAGCCUCGUCGCCGCCAUCGCCAACCUCCUCGAGUUCGACAUCUACGACCUGGAGCUCACCACGGUGAUGUCCAACUUCGAUCUCCGGAGGCUGCUGGCCUCGACGCGUCCCAAGUCGGUCAUCGUCGUAGAGGACGUGGACUGCUCCCUCGGCCUGUUCGACCGGACACGCGCGCCGGUCUCCACAGACGACGAGCCGAUGCCACACCCGUCACUCGCUUUUCUCCCACCGGCGGUCGAGGCGGCCAUGCAACGGGAGACGAUCAGCCUCUCCGGCGUGCUCAACUUCGUCGACGGCCUCUGGUCAUCGUGCGUCGGGGAGCGGCUCGUGGUGUUCACUACCAACCACAUGGACAGGCUCGACCCGGCGCUCCUCCGCCCCGGCCGGAUGGACCGCAAGAUCGAGCUCGGCUACUGCAAGGCCCCGGCGCUGCGGGUGCUGGCCGCGAACUACCUCGUCGACGACGGUGAGCACCGCGACGUGGCGUUGGCGCGCGCUUGCGAGGAGCUGAUGGGCGAGGCGGCGAGGCUACUGGAGGAGGUGCAGGUGACGCCGGCGGACGUCGCGGAGGUGUUCAUGGGCUGCGACGGCGACGAGGGAGCCCACGCCGCGCUUCAAAAGCUCGUGGACCACCUCGGCACUAGGAGAAAUACUCAGGGCCCAGUGUAAAAUGUUCUCGGCACAAUGGGACUUAAUGGGCUUUAUGGGCCGUGCAAGCUGUAAGCCCAACUAAUUUGUUGCUCUCUCCUAUUUGCUUUCUGAACAAAUGGCAAUAAAUCCAAGAAGUUGCC